GUGAAACAAGAUGAAGAAUAAAAUAAGGAUUGAAAAGCCUAGAAGAGGUGGAUUAGGAGGGGUUUUGGGACAGAUAAUCAAGUGUUUAUGCACCAGAAAUCAAUUAAGAAAAUAAGACAAAAUGAUCUCAGAAUCCCUUGUUGCCGAAAAUAGUGAGAAAAAGCCAGAUAUUAGGAAUAUAGAAGAAGCUGAAUUGUCUCUGCGUGAAAGCAGUUCACUGAAUUAUAAGGAAGCAAGAGCAUUGCUGGGAAGAAUUGAAUAUCAGAAAGGAAAUAUAGAAGCUGCACUGCAUGUGUUUGGUGGAAUAGAUAUCGCAACAAUAACUCCCAAAAUGAAACUUGCCCUUUCAUGAAGAGUGGAACAGAGUAAGAGACGAUCACAUGACGAUGCUCCUCCACAAAUGUCUAUCCGUACUGUUAGUCUGCUGCUAGAAGCAAUAUUUCUGAAAGCAAAAUAAUUGCAGCAUCUGCAAAGGUUUAGAGAAGCUGCUCAAACCUGCAAAGUUAUUCUGGACAUAGUUGAAUCUUCAAUACCACAAGGCUUGCCUGAAAACUUUAGUGCUGACUGUAAACUGCAGGAGACUCUAAACGAGGCAGUCGAGAUGCUUCCAGAAUUAUGGAAAUGUAGUGAUUCUCCACAUGAAGCAAUCUUGUCCUACCGGCAGGCUCUUCUCCAUCAGUGGAAUCUUGAUGCUGAAACUAUUGCAAGGAUUCAAAAACAGUUUGCCAUAUUUCUUUUGUAUUAUGGAGGUGAAGCACUGCCUCCAAAUCUCUGCUCGCAAAUGGACGGUUCCUUCAUCCCUAGAAAUAACAUAGAGGAAGCUAUACUUUUGUUAAUGAUACUAUUAAAAAAGUUUCUUGAAAGAAUUGAAUGGGAUCCAUCAAUAUUGGAUCAUCUGUCAUUUGCUCUCUCCUUGUAUGGGGAUUUGAGGGCUUUGGCUAACCAAAUAGAAGAACUACUUCCAGGGUUUAUUUGUCGCAAAGAAAGAUACCAAGCUUUAUGUUCUUAUGGAGCAGGUGAAGAUUUGGUUGCUUUGAAUCUAUUGUGAAAAUUGUUGCACAGUAUAGAGGAUCCACACUGUGUUCCAGCGUUGUUAAUGGCAUCGAGAAUUUGCGGGAACACUAAUCUUUUGGAAGAAGGAAUUAAUUUUGCUCAUAGAUCCCUUGAAAGCCUGGACAAUGAAUGCAGUGAGUUGGAAGGUAUUGCUAACCUUUUAUUAGGCGUGGCUCAUUCGACACAUUCAAAGUCAGCAGCCGAUUUUGAGAGGGUUGCCAGAUGGUCUAAGGCACUUCAGACCUUGGAAAAGGCCAGGAAUAUUACAAGCAUGAAAGACCCUAAUAUUCUUUAUCAUCUGAGCCUGGAAAAUGUUGAGCAGAGAAAAUUGGAAGGUGCACUUUAUUAUGCAAAGUCAUUACUAAAACUAGAAGGCGGUUUUAACAUUAAGGGGUGGUUGUUAUUGGCCCGCGUAUUGUCAGCUCAAAAACGUUUUAUGGAUAGUGAAACCAUUCUCAAUGCCUCCUUGGAUCAAACCGGAAAAUGGGACCAAAGAGAAUUGUUGCACACCAAAGCUAAGAUUCAACUUGCACAGGGAUAGCUCAAAAACGCUUUUGACACGUAUCCUGAACUUCUUGGCAUUCUUCACGUACAGAAUAAAAGCUUUGGUUCCGGGAAGAAACUUCAUAAGGAUUGCGGAUGCUAUUCUAGAAGUUUUGAACAGGAAAUAUGGCAUGAUCUAGCUUAUCUCUACAUAAGCUUGUCAAGAUGGCAAGAUGCUGAGAUUUGUCUUUCAAAAUCGAAUGCCAUUAGUUCUUUCUCUGCUGUUAGAAAUCAUGCCACUGGUGUACUUUAUGAAAGAAAAGGACUGCUGAAAGAAGCUAAGGCUUUUCAGAGCGCUUUGGGUAUCGAUCUCGAUCAUGCCCCAAGCUUGAUAUCAGCAGCUGGUGUGCUCAGACAACUCAAAUGUCAACCCGAUGCAGUUGUAAAAAGCUUUUUGAUGAAUACUCUCCGAGUUGAUAGAAUGAAUCCAUCAGCAUGGUAUAAUCUCGGUCUGCUUCUCAAAGCUGAAGGCACCCCAUUGUCGCUAGAAGAAGCUGCCGAAUGUUUUCAGGCUGCUGCCAUUCUUGGGGAACUCGGCACCCGCCUGUUGAUCCAUUCAGAUUAAUUUUCGGCAUUUUAAAUAUUUUUAAUUAAUUAAUUUUCGGCAUUUAAAAAAAAACUAAUAUUAAUUUUUUGAAACAUUUAUAUUGUAAAUAUAUUUGUAUCAUAAGAAACAAUAGACAAUGAAAAUGUACUUGAAAUUAAAUGUAAAGUGUAAUUUAACAUUUAUAUUAUUUAUUAAUAUAUUAAAUGCAUCCUACUUCAACA